AUGGCCCCUUCUGCCACUGUACAAGAACAUAUCGAUGUGAUAUCCCAAGUUAUCUCACUGGUGGACUAUCAUGCUGACCUGAGGACGGUCAAGAACGCGACAGAACGGAUGAAAGCGCGCCAAACAGCAAGAGAGCGGGAGGCAGAGGACAGCCGUGCUGCUCUUCGUGCACUAUCCAGGCAGCUAGAAUCGUCUCGCGCAGCCGCCACCCGCCCCUCUACGGUCCCCUCCCAAGCCGCCCACUCCGAGUCCCUAAUCCAAGCCGACGCGACCAAGUUCCAGCUCGCGAAAAGUAUAAAUGACGAGGAAGGCAGCGUGGCGCAGAAAGAGGCCGAGGUGGGGCGGCUGAGGGAAGAGCUGGUUCGGUUGGAAGCUUGGGAUCCUGAGGGGGAGUGGGAGGUGGACUCUUAUGCAAUGAGGCUCAAGGUGAUGCACGACCUCGGGUUCGAGUUCGUCCCUGGUGUCGAAGGGAGGCUCCUAAUCCGCUCGGACAAGGACAGAACGCUCCACUCGUAUGACUAUGAUCCGGCAAAGUCAAAGGUGCAGAACGUGAAUGAGAUAUGGAGGUUGGCAGGGUUGACGGCGUGAGCUUCGCACAUAUGGACGAGGGUGUUCAUGUUGGAUGUACGAUUCCAGGCUUGUAAUCUGUUUGUUUAUCCUUUGAUUAGUCUCCAGAAGAGACGAUUCGUGUGUACCAAGCUGUUGUAAAGCA